UCACACCAGAGCAUCAUGCACACGUUUCACAGAACACAAAUCAUACAGCACAGUACUGCCCCUCGACCACAACGCUGAGCCGACCUAUAGAAACCUGACUCUUCCCUCCUACAGAACCAUAACCCUCCAUUGUUACAAGAGCCUCUUAAACGUGCGUAGCAUUUAGUGUCACAUACAAAAUGCUGGAGGAACUCAGUACGUCAGGCAGCAUCUGUGGAAAAGCGUGAACAGUCGACGUUUCAUCAGGACUGGAGAGAAAAUGGGAUCAACAGGACUUCCAGUCUGGGGCAGAAGAGAGUUUGAUCAUGACUCACUUCAAAAGACAUCUGAAUGCACUGAGCUUGGAGGUGAUCACAAAAGAAGAACAGAAAUCAGAAGAUAUUGGGUUAAGAUGGGGUGAAUGGCUUCUCAUUGUCGGCUCAAUAAUCUUCAUUCUUGCAACCUUCCCCCUGUCCAUCUGGCUCUGUAUUAAGACAGUCCAGGAGUAUGAACGAGCUGUGGUGUUUCGGCUUGGUCGUAUUCUCCAUGGUGGAGCCAAAGGACCAGGUAUUUUCUGGUUUAUACCCUGCGUUGAUACCUUUCACAUUGUUGAUCUGAGGACCGUGUCAUUCUCCGUACCUCCUCAGGAGGUCUUGUCGAAAGACUCUGUGGCAGUUAUUGUGGAUGCUAUUGUCUACUAUCGCAUCUUCGAUCCUGUGAGGUCAGUCACUAGAGUGAAAAAUGUUUCAAAUGUUACUCACCUGCUAGCUCAGACGACCCUGCGCAACAUACUGGGCACCAGAAACCUGUCGGACAUUGUAUCCGAGCGUGAGAACAUGGCGCAGCAGAUGGAGGAUCUCUUAUUCGAAGCAUCGAAGGAGUGGGGCAUCAAGGUGGAGCGUGUGGAAUUCAAGGACGUGAAGCUGCCGGUGGGACUGCAGAGAAUGAUGGCUGCAGAGGCUGAAGCUGUGAGGGAUGCCAGGGCAAAGGUAAUUGCAGCUGAGGGAGAGGUGAAGGCCUCCCACUCCCUCAAGGAUGCUGCCACCGUAAUGUCAAUGAACCCUGUAGCCUUGCAGCUCCGCUACUUCCAGACCCUGGCUGAGGUGGCAUCAGAAAACAACUCCACCAUCUUCUUCCCGGUGCCCAUCGACCUCAUGGCUGGCUUGCUGAAGAAAUGAGUGGGGUGGCAGCUGGUGCUGAGGGAAGGCCGGGCAGAUUUGUCAGGAGUUUUGUAUGUGGUGUUGGCGGACUUUGCUUUGGAAGAGCAUCAGCCAUUUGGUUUGAAGAGUCUAACCACCCUUCAGCAAAAGCUGGAUAUGGAAUUUUGCCAACUUGCAUCCAUCAAUUGUCCCCACUGUUCUGCCGUUCAUUAGCUGACUUCUGCUGCACAUCCUGGGCACCUCCGCUUUUGAAAAUAGCUGUGCUCUCUGUGCCCACUCUAUACACAUUGGUGUUUUCAAACCUUUUAGUUCAGUCUCCCAACCCUGGGUAACAGUCCUUCAGCCCAUACAAGGAAGAAAGUGAGAGAAACCUGGUAACAGAGCACUGGUGAAUAAGUGAGAGAGAGAAGGGGGGGGGGUGAAAUCUCUCUCUCUCUUCUCACUCUUUCUCUCCCCUCUCUCCCUCCCUCCCUCUGUCCCCCCCUCUGUUUCCCCCUCUCUCCCACCCUCCUCCCCCCGCCGGCCAUCAUAUCAUGGCUCCACCCACAGGUCUCCGUUCAGCUGGGAAUCUUAGUGAUUCUCUCUGCUUCAGCAACACACACAAAAUGCUGGAGGGACCCAGCACCUAUGGAAGUGAAAAAGCAGUCCUCGGGUUCUCAGCCUGAACCAUCGGCUGUUUACUCCCCUCCGUAAAUGCUGCCUGACCUGCGGAGUUCCUCCAACAUUUGGCAUGUUGCUAGAAUCUAGAAUCUGCAGAAUCUCUGAUUCUCACUGCUUGAAUUUUUCCAAGGAUGCUCACUUUCCCCUGCAGUGAAUGAGGGAUGUGUACUGAGUGAGGUUUCAGUGUCCUGAAGGCUGACUCCUCUCUUCACCAGGCCUCCAGCUCCCAACCGGCAGCAGUGUGUCCAAUGCUUCUCCAUACCAUAACUGUGUUGUGCACUGAUCCAGCCCUUAGGACUGUCAACAAACAGUAUUUGGUGUAUGAAGAGAGCAAUUGAAUAUCCCAGCCUCUCCCACACCAGCACAGUUUAUAUGCCUCGAACCCAGUCAUCUACCUAAAGCUGAGUGCUGAAAUUGUCGGUUGUCUAUGGAGAACUGAGUGACUAUGACAAUUGUUAAGGAGGAAGAACACAUGUGGCUUGUAAAAUCGUUCUCAGUUUUUGCCAUGUCUCUGUAACCACCGCAGCCUCUACUUAAGCCCUGACAAUCUGUUUUGUGGAAUUUACUGUUCCGAGGUGUGUCUUGUGCUGUGUUCUUAUACAUUAAAUUUUCUGCUUUCUUUAAAGGUUGUUUAAUACUGUG